GCCUCCUCCCGGCUCUUCCUUCCUCCGUGCGCCCCCGGCGGGGCCGGCGGAACGGGCCGCGGCCCCCGAACGUUCACCGGCGAUGGGAGGCCGGCCGUUCGGGAAGAGGACGUGACUGUCGGCGGCGAGGAGGCGCUCUUCUGCCCGGGGAAGCGCCUGGAGCGGAGAGCCGGUGAGGGCUGGCCCCUGGCGGUGUCCCCGCAGCCGGGGGGCUGCGGUAGUUCCUCAGUCCGGGAGGUGGAAAAAAAUUCCAGAAGGGACCUGAGAACGCUGCAGCUGUUCACUGGAAACCAGGAGGAAUAGAAUAAUUGGAAAAUGUGUCAGGGGAAGAAGGAGAGGACAUAGUAAAAGCACAUCAAGACUAAGACCAAGACCAAGGCAAAAGCACUGAAGAGUAUGCCCUUCCAAAGUGAUGAAUCAUGCAAAGAAUGGUUACAACGAGAAACGAAACCCUCAGAUUUCUUCAAUUACAACCAAGUGGGCAGAUUCUGUUCCUGAUUUUACUGGCCCUGGGGCGCGCGCACCUGAUUUCUCCGAAGCUCAUUCAUUAGAGACCGCCUACUUGCUCUGGGAGUGGACAACGCGUGCGACAGAAAAACAAAAAACAAAACUCGGUGUCCGCGUCCCCUGGUGCUUAGGAGCGUGGGACACCGGCAGUGGCCAAAUCCAUCCAGGUCAGACCAGAAAGGCAGAAACACUCCAGAUGUCUUCCAAUAGUUACCAAGUUUCUGUCCCAAUGUCAAAAAGAAACACCAAUUGCAUCCCGGAGACAACCUCCAAUGACCUGAAGACGUUUACUGGAGGAGCUGUGUUAAGUUUUCAUAACAUCUGCUAUCGAGUAAAAGUGAAGAGUGGCUUUCUACUUUGUCGGAAAACAGUUGAGAAAGAAAUACUAAAGAAUGUCAAUGGGAUCAUGAAACCUGGCCUCAAUGCCAUUCUGGGACCCACAGGUGGAGGCAAAUCUUCGUUGUUAGAUGUCUUAGCUGCAAGGAAAGAUCCACAUGGAUUAUCUGGAGAUGUUUUGAUCAACGGACAACCUCGACCUGCCAAUUUUAAAUGUAACUCAGGUUACGUGGUGCAAGAUGAUGUCGUGAUGGGAACUCUGACAGUGAGAGAAAACUUACAGUUCUCGGCAGCUCUCCGGCUUCCAACAACUAUGACAAAUCAUGAAAAAAAUGAACGGAUUAACAUGGUCAUUCAAGAGUUAGGUCUGGAUAAAGUGGCAGAUUCCAAGGUUGGAACUCAGUUUAUCCGUGGUGUGUCUGGAGGAGAAAGAAAAAGGACUAGUAUUGCAAUGGAGCUUAUUACUGAUCCAUCCAUCUUGUUCCUGGAUGAGCCGACAACUGGCUUAGAUUCAAGCACAGCAAAUGCUGUCCUUUUGCUUCUGAAGAGGAUGUCUAAACAAGGACGGACAAUCAUCUUCUCCAUUCAUCAGCCUCGUUAUUCCAUCUUCAAGUUGUUUGAUAGCCUUACCUUGUUGGCCUCAGGAAGAUUAAUGUUCCACGGGCCUGCUCAGGAGGCUUUGGGUUACUUCGCAUCCACUGGUUACCACUGUGAGCCCUAUAAUAACCCUGCAGACUUCUUCCUGGACGUCAUUAAUGGAGACUCCUGUGCUGUGGUGUUAAACAGAGAAGACACAGACGGUGAAGCCAAGGAGACUGAAGAGCCUUCCAAGACAGAUACUCCACUCAUAGGAAAAUUAACUGAGUUUUAUGCCAACUCCUCCUUCUUCAAGGAAACAAAAGUUGAGUUAGAGCAACUCUCAGGGGGUCAGAAAAAGAAGAAGAUUUCAGUCUACAAGGAGAUCACCUAUGCCACCUCCUUCUGUCAUCAGCUCAGAUGGAUUUCCAGGCGUUCAUUCAAAAACUUACUGGGUAAUCCCCAGGCUUCUGUAGCUCAGAUAAUUGUAACAAUCAUUCUGGGACUGGUGAUAGGUGCCAUUUUCUACGAUCUAAAAAAUGAUCCUGCAGGAAUCCAGAACAGGGCCGGGGUGCUCUUCUUCCUGACCACCAACCAGUGUUUCAGCAGCGUGUCGGCCGUGGAGCUCCUGGUGGUCGAGAAGAAGCUCUUUAUACAUGAAUAUAUCAGUGGAUAUUACAGAGUGUCAUCUUACUUCUUUGGAAAACUGUUAUCUGAUUUACUCCCCAUGAGGAUGUUACCAAGUAUUAUAUUUACUAGUAUCACAUACUUCCUGUUAGGAUUGAAACCACAGGUGGAGGCCUUCUUCAUCAUGAUGUUUACCCUGAUGAUGGUGGCUUAUUCAGCCAGUUCAAUGGCACUGGCCAUAGCAGCAGGUCAGAGCGUGGUUUCCAUAGCAACGCUUCUCAUGACCAUCUCCUUUGUGUUUAUGAUGAUAUUUUCAGGGCUGUUGGUAAAUCUCAGAACCGUUGUGCCUUGGCUCUCAUGGCUUCAGUACUUCAGCAUUCCUCGAUAUGGCUUUGCGGCUUUGCAGCAUAAUGAAUUUUUGGGACAAAACUUCUGCCCAGGACUCAAUGUAACAACAAACAGUACCUGUAGCUAUGCAAUCACGGCCUUAACAGUAUCAGAAGUGUGUGGCUUAUACGAAGUGCAUGGAUCCGUGAACUUGCAAUUCCUGUGAGCUCAGCGCGUGGCAAUAAGAGCUAAAAGGGCAGCAGGAGCGAGAGGGAGCAUUUUCCUGCCGCAGCCCUGACUCUUGCCUCUUCUGUCUGCAGUUAGGAGACAACAUGAAAUCACAGUCUGCACAGGUUUUUUUUUUGUUUCUUUUUUUAAC